UUUUUGUCAGUUUAAGAUGAACAUGUCAGCAAAUGAAACCCAAACCUUUGAUCACUGUAACACAUUCAUACACGUGUUUGACACAUGACUGCACCCCCACUACGUCUGCAUUUAAAGGGUACACACAUAUGCAUACAGUAUAUGUCCUGUGACACACUGUGCACACACACGUGCUUCCUGCAAACCACAUGUGCAUCAUCCCACGUAGGACUGAAAGAGAAGGAUGUUGUCGUCACGUCCCGCAGCCCGGAGGCCGCUGCACCAGUGGAGACCGCCCAUCCUGAAACCACACCUGAAGCUGCUGUGGAGCCUGACCCUGUUCCUGUGGAAGAUGUGAUUGAAGCUGCUGUGGCAGAGGACACAGCUGCACCACCAGAGCCUGAAGCUGAGGCGGCAUCAGAAUCAGCGCCUGUGGCUCCUCCUGAGGCCGAUGAGGUGACUGAGGAGGAGCCAGAGGUGCUGGAGGAGGAGCCUGCUGCAGAAGAGGAGGAUGCUCCUGUUGAGGAAGAGGAGGAUGCUCCAGCUGAAGAAGAGCCAGCUGCAGAGGAGAUGAUGGGAGAUCAGCCUGCAGAGGAGGAGGAGGAAACAGAAACAGAGGCCGCGGAGGAGGCUACAGAGGAGACCGUGGAGGAGGCCACAGAGGAGGCCACAGAGGAGGCUACAGAGGAGACCGCGGAGGAGGCCACAGAGGAGGCUGUGGAGGAGGCCACAGAGGAGGCCGCGGAGGAGGCCACAGAGGAGGCUGUGGAGGAGGCCACAGAGGAGGCUACAGAGGAGACUGCGGAGGAGGCCACAGAGGAGGCCACAGAGGAGGCCACAGAGGAGGCUACAGAGGAGGCUACAGAGGACACCGCGGAGGAGGCUGUGGAGGAGGCCACAGAGGAGGCUGUGGAGGAGGCCGAGGAUGAAGCUGCAGCAGAGGUGGAAGAGUCUCUCGCUGGUUCAGUGGAGGACACAGACGAGGAGGUGGCUGAGGAGACGGCUCUUACAGAGGAAGCUGUUGUGGAGCCACCUGAACAAGAGGAGGCUGCUCCUGCACAGGGAAUGGAAGAGGAGGCAGCUCGCUUGGAAGAAGCUUAUGAGGAGAUGGCAGCAGUAGAAGAGGAGGAGGAGGAGGCUGCUCCAUCAGAGGAACCUGCUGAGGAGGAAGAAGCUGCAGAAGAAUCUGAGGCUGCAGCAGAAGAAAUGGAGGCAGCACAUGCAGAAGAAGCUGCUGAGGAAGCUCCUGUAGAGGAGCAGGAGGCUCCUUUAGCAGAAGCUGUUGAGGAGCAAGCUGAAGUAGAGGAAGCUCCUACAGAAGAGACACCAGAGGAGACCACCGAGGAAGAAAUAACUGAGGAGGAGACGGUACCAGUGACAGAAGAAGAAGCAGCACAUGGUGGUGCAGCAAGGGCUCCUGACAUGGAGGAACUGUGGAAAGACGAGCCUACAGAAACGUAGGCCACGGCAGUCACCGCUGUGAUGGAGCAGGGACCCACUGACAUUGCAUCAGCACCAUCUGAGCUCAGAUGAUGAUGCCCCUCUCCAGAGAAAUGAUUGAGUUGUCACGGCAACAAUCGCCCCUCUCCCCCCAUUUUCAUCCCUCCCUUUAAAUUUCCCUUUUAGUGUCAGUGUGUGAGAUGAUGUUCACUAAUAUGCUUCCUUUACCUUUGUUGUGUUUCCUUUCAGGUUUUGGCUCAUUCUUUUGUUUUCCUGUUCUCCUUCAGGGUGUUUUAGUUCAGUGUGCUUGGGGCAGAUGUCCACUCCCUGUGACGUACGAGUGUGUGUUGCACUCGCACAGUCUUGUACCUCUCAGCAAAAAGAGGUCCAAAUCUUAGCUGGAGCUGCACGGUAGCUGCACGUUAAGAAGCUUCACACUUUAAAGUGUUGGAGCAACCAAAUCAAACCCCACUGAGAGCAGAAGCUGCUGCUCAGUGUAGAGAGGACUCUAUGCAAAGGUGUGACGCGUGUCACCCACCUCCCUCCUCCCCCUCCUCCUCCUUAGCAUCAGGUGAAUUUACCACUCAGUGUCGACUCCAGGAUGAGCCAUAUGCUAACACAUGAACUGUGUGUGUGUUUGUGAGUAAUGCGUUGUUAUGUGCUGACAGAUCUUUGCUUAUCCUUCUUGUUGUGUGAGCUGUAGUUUAGUUUUGCAGACUGUGUUUGACUCUUUUCAUUUUGUUAUCUCACUACAUCAAACUGUAUUCUGUCGACUCCUAGCUGGAUCUCCUGUUUGCACAACUGAACUGAAGUUGUGACCUCAGCUUGUUGAACUGUGAGGGCAGCACGGACGGUGCGCCCCCCCACGUUUAUAACAGUGGCUCAUUCCUGUGGACAUCCAGCCUCUCUGUAGAGGCUUAACGCCACCCUGUCACACACACAAACAAUAAUGUCAAAUCUUAUUUUGAAGGCCAGAUGUAGACUCAAACAUCGUUUCUGUGUUUGUUCUGUAAACAUAAAUCACCUUGCUUCACUCGAGGAUGAUGAUAUAUGAUGAUGGUAAACUGGCAGUGAAAAUGCUGUAGGAAUCAGUAAACACUACGUGUGGUCCUCACUUACUGUAACUGUUUGUUAGGGAUGCAACAGCUGUGUGAAGAUGUCUGAUUUUUCUUUCUCCUGUAACACUAGCUGGUGUUUCUGUUUGCUGAAACUUUGUGAGUCAAUGUGAACUGAACCUUUGUAACAUUGAAAAGUAGAAUCUUUACUGAGAGACAACUUUUAGAUUUUUUAAUAGAUUUUUUAAAAAGAAUUUGGAGAGAUGAGAAGAAUUCUUAUUUCCAGAAGAUGCUUGCGGUGCUUUGUACUAAGCCAUAAGCUGUUUGCUGACUUUGUCCUGUGAAGCACAAACAAGAGAAACACUGUUGGGUUUUCAGUACUCGGCCUUGGUCACAGGUCACGUUCAUGUCUCACAGGGUUGUGGCGCACAGGCAGCUCUGUUGCUAAGCAGAGGCCACUUCUGAUGAACACUAUGCAACAAAGUAUCAAUGAUGACAGAGGAGUGGAGGGGGGCGUGGCCAUCCUCUUCAAUGACAUGCUGUCUUUGAGCCAUAACCCUCAGAUCAUGGUUGAGUGUGCAGGUGUGACACUGUGCUGACUAAAUGAUCAUGAAGUACUGACGGAGAUUUGAAGUGGGAAGUUUUUCUGUUCUGGGAGCUACAAUAAAAGAUUUGGGACAACACA